AUGAGUAACAAAGACACUCCUUUGUUUGCUUUGCCCUUGGAGUUGCGAGAGCUCAUUUAUCAAGACGUACUUUUGGAUCCCUCACAGGGGCCACAGAUUCUCCAAACAUGUCAGGACAUACAUUCAGAAUCACGCAAGUUCCUGUACCAAAGGCCUAUUGUCUUCCGAAGUCAGACCGCUUUAAGCCACUGGUUGGUACAAAGGACUCAGGACGUACUUCGAGAUGUUCAUGAGAUCUUCCUCGAGCUUCAAGAUGUCGAUCUCGCGCCGGUGUUAGUCUCCACCUCACGGUCCGACAAUCCCGAACGAUCAAGAAGCCUUCGGACAUGGGAGUUGUACGAGGAAGAGCUCGGUGCACUCGAUCAAGCUUUUAAAAAGAUACCGAACGUAAAAACACUAACCAUCCGGGCAAUUAGUGGACGACAAACACACUUGUACGAAGACUUCCUGGCAAAGAUGCUGCAGACGCUUGCAUUUCACUGGCCUGCGCUGCAAGACUUGAGCUUGGAAGGCAACAUGCACAACCAGAGCCUUGAUGCUUUGCAAGAUCUAAAGGCGUUGACUGCAUUCUCCUUUGAUGGAUUUUGUGGUACGGAACCCGCCGAGACUGCCGCAAUAUUGUCUAAACUGAAUUUGACGCGUAUGUCGAUCGUAUCCCAACCUGGUCUCCUGACACCAACACACAGGCAACACAGCAACUUCACAUCGAAAUUCCAGUCAUUCGACGGCUCGGUUCUGCGCACAAUUGACCAAUUGGCAUAUUUUUCUAUUAGCGAACGCGUUCUAUUGGCUACGUCAUCGGCGCUAUUCUUUACAUCGGAGAUCCUCGGCUCCCUUCACAGCCACAAAGGUUUAUUGACACUUUCCCUCCGUUUGUCGCACACACCCAAGGAAGACACACUAGAUGAAUUGAACGAAUUCCUAAAGAACAGCAGCUCGGUCGAAAGACUGGACCUAGACUGGCCGCAUUUAGAUCCAGCUGUCUUGUACAUUCUUACUAAUCGCCUGAGAAUCUUGUGGAUCAGAGCAACAAGCCUGACUACGGCGUUGGAUAUCCUGGGCACCAUACUCGAGAGUAAAGAAGACGGAGGGGUCCAGAAGCUCAGGAGAGUAGUACUUAUACGGAGCGACUGGGCUAGGGGACACAGUGUGGAAGAGACGGACAGUGACGACGACGAUGAACACGAGGAUAUUGAGACACGGCAUGACGACGUGAGUGUGAUGCUUCUGCUGCACAACAACAACUGA